UAACUGAUCAAAAUAAAAAACAAUAAAUAUUAUAAUUAUUAAAGAAAAAAAUAACAAUAAUAAUGACAACAACAUAAGUGCAAAUAUAAAGUGCUUUUUUAUAUAAGCCAUGAGAAAACCAAAGCAUUGGCAAUUAUUAUUGGUAAAUGUGUGUGGAAAAAAACGCAGCUUCCUUUUGUCUACUACAAUACUUUUAACGAAGGGGGUUCAUUUGCAGCAGUGCAAGAAGUAGUAACACUCACUCUGCUGUGGUGUGUCGAAGUUUCAAAAGAAAUUGUGAUUAGUGGUCAGACAAGUUGGUUGGUUAUUUGGCCAAUUGUAAAACACCAAGUUAAGGAAAAUUAUAAAUUAUUUUUGUGUGUUUGUUUUUUUUUUUUUAUUAUUUAUGUGUUAAUGAGUUAUUGAAAUAAAAUGGAUACGGAAGAUAUGGAAUCAUCGUCACAGGACAACACUGAUAUACCAUCAAAAGAAAAAUCCGCAAAAGAAGCAUUACAAACGUAUAUAACACGAGCAAAACUAAAUCCGGCCAAGACCGAUAAUGAGAAAAGACGCCGAAAGGAUACUCUACGUAAGGUAUCAUCGAUUUAUCGUAAAUGUGAAACAACACGAACCUUGGAAGAAAGUAAUUUUUUGGAAAAACAUCCGGAAAUUGUUAAACAAGUUAAAAAACGCAAAGAGCGCGUUGAAAUCUAUAAAGAUCGUGUAAUCGAAAAAGAAGAUGAUGUCCAGGUCAUCGAAGCCAAGGUGGAGGAAUUAGCCAGUAUUAUAUUGCAGGCCAAACAUUUAAUAUGUUAUACCGGGGCCGGUAUAAGUACAGCAGCUCUAAUACCCGAUUAUCGGGGGAGCAAGGGUAUUUGGACGCUUUUGCAAAAAGGUGAAGAAAUAGGAGAUCAUGAUUUGUCUGCAGCAAAUCCUACAUAUACACAUAUGGCAUUAUACGAACUACAUCGGAGGGGCAUCUUGCGCUAUGUGGUAUCACAAAAUUGUGAUGGUUUACAUUUGAGAUCGGGACUGCCUAAAGCAUCACUCUCGGAAAUUCAUGGCAAUAUGUACGUAGAGGUAUGUAAGAACUGUAAACCGAAUUCGGUGUAUUGGAGACUGUUUGAUACAACCGAAAUGACUGCUCGCUACUGCCACAAAACCAAUAGAUUAUGUCACAAAUGCUCGGAACCCUUGUGCGAUACAAUUGUGCAUUUUGGCGAAAGGGGAAACUUAAAGUGGCCUUUGAAUUGGGCCGGUGCUUGUCAUCAUGCGGAAAAGGCUGAUGUCAUACUGUGUUUAGGUUCUAGCUUAAAAGUAUUGAAAAAAUACACUUGGCUUUGGCAAAUGGAUAAGCCGGCUAGACAAAGAGCUAAAAUAUGUAUAGUUAAUUUACAGUGGACACCGAAAGACACUCUGGCCCAGGUGAAAAUCAAUGGUAAAUGCGAUCGUGUAAUGGAAAUGCUAAUGAAUGCUUUGAAAAUACCCGUGCCUGUUUAUACAAAAGAAAAAGAUCCCAUUUUUGCUCAUGCCACCAUGUUAAUGCCCGAAGAGCUGCAUACACUGACUCAACCAUUACUCAAACAAUCCGACGAGGAGGAGAAAGAAGAAACCACUACAUUAUCAGCUGACAGUACAGCUGAUGAAGAAACACAAGAUUCGACCAUGAGUAGUGACAGUUAUUGUGCUAUGGGUGCUGAAUAUCGCAUUGGUAAGGGUCCACGUAUACGAACGCCCUUAAAACAAAUGGCAACGGGUAUCAAAACCAACUUGGAACUAAAAAAUAAAAUAAAACAAGAACUCAAAAUGGAAUCAGAUGAGGGUGAUAACCGCUUGAUGGAGAAAAAAGAAAUUAAAACGGAAAUUUUGUUACAGCAAGAUGAGAUCAAUAAUAUUAGUCUAACUGAAAGUAUUACUGAGACCCUUAAAGCUAAAAAUGAACUAUUCAAUCAAACAAAUGAUUACGACUCAAACUGUUUACAGCAACAACAAGAUAAUGAAAAUUUCAAACGUUUCAAAGAGACCACUGAUUUUUCCAACAAUUUACUUAAUCCCACAGAAGUUAAAUUCGAAAUGCAAGAAGAAAUUAAAAUGUUUGAUCUCAAUCUCAAUAAUGCGAAACUUGAUGAAACAAAUCUUGCAAACAGCCUUAAUGAUUUCAAAUAUGAUGCCAACUUAGAGAACGAUUUACUCACGGGAGAUAUAUUGAAAACCGACGAAAAUGCCUUUCAAAACUCUAUUAAAUUAGAGGAUUUAUUUACAAAUUUAAAUAAAUCGAAUACAGAAAUAAGCUCAAUGCCGACGGAAAACAAACCAAACGCUGCCAAAGAUGGCAAAAUGAAUGGCAUAACAAAAUCAAAUGAUAUGUGUGUUAAUACGUUUGCAAAUAAAACCGAAAUACAAUUUCAAUCGAUUAAAGAUUUGAAACUGAACGGUCUUUUAGGGGAGAAUUUAAAAGCAAAAGAAAACAGCAGUAUUAAAGUUGAAAUGUCCCAACAAACUAGUGUGCCUGAAACAAAACUUGAGACGGACUUUAUAAAAGAUUUGAGAAACAAAGGUUUCUCGGUGGAAAUAUCAAAACCUAAGGACACCUGUUCGAAAAGUGCGACCAAAUCGAAAGAUUGCGCUCUCAAUUUGAAAGAUUUUAGGAAACAAAAUGUAACCCUGCCCACAAACAGUUGUGAGAUUACAAAAAAGGAGAUUAAAAUUGAAUUGAAUGCAGAUGCUUUAGCUAAUUUGCCGGUUAAACUUGAGCCAAAAACCGAUGUCUUGGCAGAAAUAGCAGAAUUACACAAAAGUGAACAGUUGCUAAUAAAACAAGCCACAGAAAUCACUAAGAAUGCAGAAGAAUUUUUGGAAAAACUAGAAAAUGAAAUGGGUUUAAAGAAUCCCUUAGAGUCGGAAACUCCAAAAUUGGCCUUGGUACAAGACCAAUUGUCAGCUGAAAGUGUUGCGUCGAAGUCAUCCAACGGCUUGCAUAAUUCUGCAAUAAAAACAGAACAAAAUGUAAAUCAAGUUGUUGCGCCAUCACCGCCACAACCAACACCUGGAAAUAAUCAGUUUCCUCUGCAUAUAUUAAUGAAAUUACCGAAAUGCAUACAGGUGCAGUAUAAAACAGAAGAUGGCAUUAAGUCUGCUCCUUAUAAUGGACUAAAAACCAAUGACAAAACAAAAUUACAAUCCGCUGUAACAACAACUCCCCUACCCACAACUAUGACAGCUAAAACUUCAGCAGAUCCUCCACCCUUGGCACCACUAUACAAAACAUCACUCUUAUCCCCAAGUCUACAGAAACCAUUGCCAUCUGUAGAGCCCAUAGAGGCCAUUGUGGAUGAAGAAACUUUAUCAGCCGAUGAGCAAUCUAUAGACGAUGAUCAAAAGCAGGAUAUAGAAGACGACGAGAUCUCGACUUUGGAAGAAGAAAAUGAUGAACCCAUAUUAUCACAAAUGGAUAUUUUGAAAAAUCUUGCCUUAACAACACCCACAAAAUCCAAUAACAGCUGCAAUUUAAAAAGCUCACCAAUUUCUUCGUAUGCCUUGUCGCAGGAAAGAAAACAUUUGCUAAGAAGAAAAUUACCCGUCUGGUAUGAUGUCAAAUAUGCCUAUUCUGGCCUGCAUAGCAUAGUUUUCCCCCCACCGGCCGAUGUUGAUAUCUGGAGUCAUCAAAUUGUGCCGAAUUUCGCCAUGAAUCGUUCGGCAGCCAAGUGUGAAUUCUGUUUCGAUCAUUAUGCCGAAUUUGAGUGUCAAUUCUAUAAGAAGUUCCUGCUGUGCGAUAGAAAACAUAAGAAACGUGCUCGCAAUGGACGCUUUGUGGUGUGUGAGUGUUGUCCCUAUACCGAGGAUGACGAUGAAGAUGACUACGAUGAAAACAUUUCAUUGGCUCAUAUAGCAGCGGCCGAAACGGCCAAAAGACAAUUGCAUUUGAAUAAUACAUUUCCGCGUAAAUUGGCCCGCACCCAGGCCGGUUGGUAUGGCAAGGGUUAUAAAAAGAAUCGACGCAGAAAAUAGUUUUUCUCAAUAAAAAACUUUUAAGUUUUAAGUUUAAUGUGUUGGCGUUUUACUUUUCGUUUUAAUUAUGUUUGUGUUCAUGUAGUUGUAAAUAAGUAUUUAUAUUUAUGUAUUUAUAUCUAUAUAACUAGAUAAGUUACGAAAUUAAGAGUAUUUUGUCCAGAAUCCCUUUGAACGACAGAUUAAAAAAUAACUGUUGCCAUUUGUAAUUAUUUAUAUGUACUUGUUAAACAAUUGUUCUAAUUUUAAGAAUAUGCAUUAAAUUUUACUUUACAAACA